UUUGGGUCUGACGGCUUAUGGUACUGCAGCUGAUAUGUCUUCAUCUGAAAGUUGAAGGUUACAAAUUUUAGAUCGGUUGAUAGAUUUUGUACUCGGGAAGAACGGACGUGGGUUUGGGCCCCGAUCAGCUUGUUCUGGAACUGCAGGGCGCAUUUUUUAAAAGAAAAAUUAAACAUAAUUUAAAACUCAAGAACCGGUUGAAGAGUCAUGAUCCUUAGUAUAUUAUGCGAUGCUUGGAUAAUUAGUUGAUAAUGAUGCAGAGCAGGAUCGAUCUUUUUAUCUUAUUUUGCAGAAUCAAUAAGAGAAAUCUACAAAUCUUCUGCCUUUCAUGAUAGGACUAGUCAAAGUAAUGAUAUACAUAAUUGGGAACGAUGGGAACAUUGGCAGAUAUUAACUAUGCAAAUGAAGCCCAUCUCCAAACGGAAGGAAAGACUCAGUUUUGUCACCCUAUCGCAUUAGAUUUGGAGUCUGCGGAUGAUGUCAUCCAUAAAAUUUACGUGCUGUGGCCUAGUCUGGAAAGACAAUAAAACUGAGCUCACUGCCAGCUGCGCCUGCGAGGAAUACGGGCCUUUGCACGCCCGCCACAGACAUGGCAGCCGGAGGUGCAGAACACGAGGCUCGCCGUAUUCUGGAAAUCGCCGAAGGAUUCAUGAAGUCACAGGUGCUAUUUACCGGCUUGAAAUUGGGCAUCUUUGACCUUCUGGACGCGUCCGCUGAUCCUAUGACUGCAGUGAGCAUUUCUGAAGGCAUUGGAGCGGACACUGAUGCCACUAAGAGACUGCUGGACGCAUGUACUGGUCUGGGUUUCUUGCGGAAAUUAAACGCUGACAACGAAACAGAGGAUGGUAAGUAUCAACUUACCGAGGCUAGCAGGAUGUUCCUAACGACAUCAAGUCCCACAAACUUGGCAGACUGGGUGGGCCAUCUGGCAAACCUCUACGGUUCUCCCUGGGCUGACCUCCCGAUGGCAAUAAGAGAAGGGCCUGCUUUCUCCACACAUCGCGGGCUUGAACGGGGAAAAACAUUCAAGGAUAUCUACAGCACGACGAAAGGUUUUAUGGGUGCGAUGGAAGGACUGCCGACCGUCUUUGGAGCAAAGACAGCUUCAGCCUUCAAUCUUACUGAGUUCCAGAACAUCUGUGAUAUUGGAGGCUGUACCGGACCUCUUGCCUACCACCUUGCUGCUGCCUACCCAAAAGCCUCCAUCUCUGUAUUUGACCUGCCUGAAGUUGUAAAGGUCGCAGUUGCCAGAGGGCCUGAUGAUGAACAAGGUCAACGGGUUUCCUUUCUUCCAGGAGACUUCUUCCACGACCCCCUUCCGCCGGCGGAUCUGUACGUGGUGUGCCGAAUUCUGCACGACUGGACCGAAGAUAAGGUUCUUACAAUACUGACCAAGAUACACGACAGCCUUCCUCCGGGGGGAGGUUUAUUGGUCGUCGAACAUAUGCUAGGAGAUGACAAGACAGGUCCAGAGGUGGCCCACAAGUACGACCUACUCAUGAUGCUGUGUACGGGCGGCCGCCAACGGUCCGGCCGAGAGUUUCAACGGCUGCUGAGCUCUGUCGGUUUCCAGGAGGUGACGAUUCGAAGAACCACUUAUCCAUUUGGACACGUUCUCGCACGUAAACAACGUGUGUAGGAAACAUGAUAAAGACUUGAUCAUGGCAAAACGUAUGUAAGACGCGACCGAAAGCGCUCCGAUCAUAACCAGAAAGCCUACCGAACGUUACCGAUGGCCGCACCGGACAUUCCCGCUUUCGGUCGCGUCUCGGUAAUCGUGACGCUACCGAACGUUCCCCGACGGGGGUUAGCGGACAUUCCCGACUAUAUACAAGAUGGCCGCCGUUUGUAAACUUAGCGAGUUUAGUAGUUUGGGGUCGCGCUGUGGAAUACUUAGGCCGAUCUGAACAUCGGCAACCCGGCCAAUUGUGAUUUUAUACUGUAGGGAAGCUCGGGACAGAAAUAAAAACGGGGCGAAAACGGAGCAUCGGGCAGCCAACGGGAAAUGUGCAGUUCUGCCAAUGGAUCUUUCUACGACUCUUGCUGAGGGUAAUGCAAGGUAAGCCCGAAUCAAGAGUCGCCACGGCUGUGUUUAGUUACUGUCACCAUUACUAUAUAAGGUGGAGCUGGGCUGGCGGCUACAAACUCUUGAUUUUGUUACACCAAACCAUUUCUUUCUUACAACAUUUGCUUUAGUGCACACUGUGUUCAUGUAUUUCAUUGUUGUCUAUGCCAGUCGUAACGUUAAUGUAAGUGCUCGACCUUGAAUGCGUCACCAGUAUGGUUGCAUUUGCUGUUUUAUUUAAAUAAAAAAAAAACUUCUAGGAGAUAUGUUUAUUCAAUAUCUAUAUCAUCUCCCGGCACGUAGUCUCAAUUGUGCGCCGUUCCGUCCUGCAGACAAGCCGCUUUCAGAAGCCUCAUCGUAAGUACAGAAUGUUCUUCA